AUGCUUCCAAACUCUCUGAAUAAAGUCGCCAAGCAAGUUCUCACUCAUGUUCCCUUUUAUCUCCAGCUGCGCGCAUCGAAAAUAUUCAUCCUUAGCCUGUUCGUCUGGCUCCUAAUAUUCUACUAUUGCCGAAUCAGCCUCUGGCGUGAUCCACACUCUGCCUUUUUCCAAGAUCGCCAUGUCUACGAACUGGAUUACAGUCUCCACCGUGAGCGUGAGGCCUGGCAUUUUAUCUCGCAGCACAACUCGGGCAUUGAUCCACCAGACUACGUGAAGAGUGGAGGCACACCUACAGCUUGUAUCGCCAUGGUCACUGUUCGACGAGACUCGGACCAUUACUUCGAAGCGUCUAUUGGCUCGAUGUUGGAGGGAUUGGACGAACGAGAGCGGCAGGCAUUGUAUCUCAGUAUCCUGUUUGCCGAUACGGACCCGAGAGUACAUCCUAGUUGGGAUCAGAAAUGGGUGGGCAGGCUUGUGGAUGCAGCGGAUACUUAUAAUGUGUCGGAAGGGCAGUUGCAGCACUUGCAGGAUCUGGAGAGGGAUAAGAACUUUUAUGAGAAGGGAGUCUUCGACUAUAUUUACGCCCUCCGGACCUGCCAAGAAGUAAACGCUCCCUAUACGAUCAUUUUCGAAGACGACAUUAUCCUUGCCACAGGGUGGUUCUUGAAGACUUUGAAGGCACUCCCCGACAUUUCCCAACGGAACCAACAGCCACGAAAUCCUUGGAUAUACCUCCGUCUUUUCUACACAGAAACCUCGUUGGGGUGGAGCGACUCCGACAUGGCGUACAGCAACAUGCCCCUGAUAUUCGGCCUCCUCAUGCUAUCUACAUUCUCGUCCUUGAUGGUACUUCGGCGCACUCGCUUUGAGAGACUCCACCUUGAUACUCUAAGCAUCGUGGUUAUCUCCAUGGUGUGCGUUCCGGCCUUCACCGCGCUCGUAUACAUGGCCGGGAAAUACAAUUUGAUGCCGCUCCAAGGGGUUGUUGAGAUGAACAAGUUUGGGUGUUGCACUCAGGGCUUGGUGUUUCCGAGGGAGAGUGUGGAUGGCCUGAUUGAUUUCUUGACUGCGAGAGGACAUGGCCAGACCGAUUCCAUGAUAGAGGAAUACGCUGAUCAGAGCCAGUUGACUCGAUAUGCUCUGGCACCGCCUCAGCUUCAGCAUGUGGGGUUGAAGUCCAGCCGGAACAAUCUUGAUAUCAAUACGCAAAGUACGUGGGCGUUUUGGUUUGAAACUAAUGAUGCGGCCAAAUUGAGAAAGGAGCAUGCUGCACUUUUGGAAGAUGAUGAAGUAAAGAGAAUGUUGAAUAUAUAA